CUCAGACAGUGAAGAAGGUCGACUGUCUGUUCUGAAGCUGACACUCGAGGCUGACAAUCACUUGAGAAAACUGAGAUUCUGCUGUGUAAGUCAAGAUGGCAACUACUUUAAGACAUGGCGGCAGUGCUGCAUUGAAUACUUCUGCGGUGAGAUCGUCACAGGCUCAACAUGUGGAGACACGCAGAGUUUGCUUUCUCGGAGACAAUACAAAACUGAAACAGGGAAGUUUGGCCAAGUUAGCAUCAGUCUUUGUACCUUGCGGAGAUCGCUCUGCCACGCUUGGCGCUCUGAGAGUCCGGUGUAUGGUGCUGGAAACCAAGUCUUCUGUGGAGAAGAAAACUGCUCUGCAUGAUCUCUAUGAGAAAGAAGGUCAGAGUCCGUGGUAUGACAAUCUCAGCAGGCCUGUUGCAGAUUUGAAGUCCCUUAUUGAUAGUGGUGUCCGUGGCGUCACCAGCAACCCCACGAUUUUUGAAAAGGCGAUCACGUCUUCUGAUCUGUACGACGACCAAUUCAGGCAACUCAUGAACGAAGGAAACGGUGUAGAGGAAGUGUUCUGGGGACUUGCUGUGACAGAUAUUCAGGAUGCCUGUGAUUUGUUUUUGCCUCUUUAUGAGGCAAGCAAGGGUGGAGAUGGUUUUGUGUCGUUGGAAGUCUCACCAGGACUUGCUGACGAUGGACAUGGAACCGUCGUAGCAGCUGACCGAUUGUACAAACUAGUCAAUCGGCCUAAUCUGUACAUCAAGAUUCCCGCCACUGCCGAGUGCGUGCCCGCCGUCAGAACUGUCAUCUCUCAAGAAAUCAGCGUGAAUGUCACUCUCAUUUUUUCUCUGGCAAGGUACGAAGCCGUCAUAAACGCCUAUUUGGAAGGUCUGGAGGCAGUUAAGAAUGAGGAUUUGUCGAAAAUCUCUAGUGUUGCAUCUUUCUUCGUGAGUCGUGUCGACGUACUCGUUGACAAGCGACUGGAGAAGAUCGGAUCCGAGGAAGCGCUUGGCCUUCGUGGGAAGGCAGCGAACGCCCAGGCUGCAUUGGCUUUCAAGCUCUACCAGGACAAGUUCAGCGGUCCCCGGUGGGAGGCUUUGGCAAAGCGAGGGGCUAACAAGCAGCGAUUGCUCUGGGCUUCUACCGGUGUAAAGAACCCAGCUUAUCCCGAUACUUUGUACAUCGCUCCGUUGGUCGGUCCCGACACUGUAAACACUAUGCCACUAAACGCCUUGGAGGCAUUCGUUGAUCACGGAGUUGUUUCCAGGACGAUUGAUGCAAAUCUGCCAGAAGCACAAAAGAUUUACGACACGGUUGAGGCAUUGGGCAUUCGAUGGGCCGAUGUCGGAUCUCAGUUGGAGGCUGAAGGAGUGGCAUCUUUCCAAACGAGUUUCAACAAUCUUAUCUCCAGUCUUCAGGCAAAGGCCGACAAGUUGUAGGGAAGGCUAAAUGUUUUAUUCCGUAGAAUGAUAGUGUUCUCCUAGAAUCACGAGUUUGUGUACAUCAGAGCUUCAAUCAGUUACAGUAAGUUCAGGCUGUAGAAGACCGCAUCCUUCUUGAUGAAAUCAGGUUCAGACUUCACGUAAACUCUUUUUUGACAGCCAAUCUCGAAUUAAAGUAGGGAGCUCCAAUCUCAAACUGAAAUAAUCAUUCAUAACGUCCAGAUCUAGUAUCUGGACAAAUUCGAGCAUUCAAUCCAUCAUUGAUUUGCG